UCUAGGCAUUCAGCUCUCUGCACCGGUACUAGAAUCACGUCUGUUCGGUAUAAAGUGCAUAUUAAAGAUACAAUUGCAUAUUAGCUCAUCCUUAUCAACGUGUACUAGCGGGACAGCCAGUCAGGUGAGUGUUUCGUCUGCAGUUUUCGGCAAUCUUUAAAAACAACGAAGAAAUCGAUAACGAUGCAUCUCGUAUAUCAGACGAAAUAUAAGAUCGUUCUGGGCGAGCCCCAAUAUUCGGACGAUAACGAGGGGACAUCGAAAGGCAAAAGCGGAAGUUUCACCGAACAAGAAGUGAAGAAUGCUACCAAGUACCUGAAAGCCUACUACAACAGGCAAAUGGACGCAUUGCAAGAAAUGGAUGUGGAGAUGGAGGAGUCCGAGGAGGAAAUUAAUUUGACACCGCCUUCACCGCCAUCUCCCACGAUUACGUUUGAGAUAAACGAAGAAGCCGAAGGCCAACCGAUCGAUGACGACGACUACAAAGAUUUGAUGACCGUUUUGGAUGACCUUAUCACCAAUAAGCCUCCUAUCAUGAAAAAGCCGAAGCCCGUCUUUGAUCUGGACAUAUAUAAAUAUGUGUCAUUUGUGGCAGAGAGCAAUGAUUUGAUUUGGGAUUUGGAGUAUCACAUCCAUGAACAUCCAGACGAUUCCAAUUCUACUGGUUAAGCUGACGCAUUUAAAAGCGAAUAUUUUACUCAUCUGUGUCUAUUAAAUUAUACUCAAAUUAUAUCAAAUAAUUCUACCUAUUAAAGGGUUCUCGUAGUAGAAAUAUCGAUGUCUAUAACCAGAGAUGAUCACUAACGUGGAUUAUCUGCUCUUCUUAAACUAUCAAGUUAAGCAUCUUAUUUUUCAGGUAUUGUUCUUAGUCGAGCCAUAUAUUUCUAAAGGCAUUGAGGUACACCCAAUCCUAUAAUCUUCAAAUAACCAUUCAAAAUGUAAAGAUUAUCAAAUAAAUUUGAUCAUCAUCUACCACAAUAUAAUGAUGAGUUUCAGAGAUUAAUAUGAAUUCUGAUAUAGUAGGCUCAUAGGAAAUUAACGUAACUUGACUUAAUAAAUUAAUUGAAUAUAAUUUGCAUAACAACAAAACCCUUGCUAAUCCUAAGAAACUAAUUUAUAUUUCAGAUAUAUUUAUUUUAUAUUUUUAAGAUAUAAAAAAAAACGUUUGAAAUACAAAAAUAACGAAAGAAAAAAAUAUAUGUUUUUAUAAAAGUAUAAAAGUCUGUUUUUACUAAUUUAUUUUAUAACUUCUGAUAUUGUAAUUUUCGACAAACUAAUUUUAAGUACCUACUAUUUUUAAACAUCUAUCUUUUGUAUAAAAAAUUUGAAAAGAAAACGUUUGGUUAUGUAUUUUGUUAAUAUGGAAAUUGUAAAACAUUUUAUAUACUUAUUCCUAUAAUAAUUGUAUUUAUAUCCGUCGUUAUUUCUGCCUCAUUAAAAAACUAAGCAACAGGUUUUCCUUGAAAAGAUACGCUCACAAUCUUAAGCUUAUAAUUGUUAUGUUCUGCAAAAAUUUAAAUAUGUAUUAUUUAGUAAUAUAGUAGUAGUAUUAAGUUUUGUUCUAUGAUGAGUAUAAAAAU